AUGUUUUACAGGCCGAAACGGAAGACUGAGUUGACGCCAUCCCAGAACGGAAACGACUCGCGUUUCAUGUCGUUUUUACUGCGGGAGAACGCCACAUGUAGCGCCUACGCCGAUUACCACAAGAACAUCUACACGCGGCUGCCAAGGUGAGUUGUAAUUUUUAUGAAUUUGACGUCUACUGUUGCCGUUUCAAAAAGGAUCGGCAAGGGAUAGCAAAAUUUGAAAUUUUGGUGAUCAAAUAUGUGCUAACUUUAAAAGACUGUAGCCCCAAGGGGAAGUCCCAAAUUUCUGCCAUAUUUUCGCAUGGUUUUUCUAUCAUAGCCAGAAAAUAACAACUGAAAAUUUUGGCUUGCGCAAUGCAGAAACAGCGGAGAUAUUCAACGAUCUUUGUGUUGCGUCAAUGAAGAGACCAAAAAAUUUUUUUUGACUACCGUAUUUUGAAAAUCAAAGGUGAGAAACUAAGUGUUAAUCUUUGAUCCUGAAAAUCAAAAAAUAAUGGAGCUUUUCGACAAUUUUCGAGCUAUAAAUCACGAUUGAUUUGUAAUCCCUUACCAAGAAUUUUCUCUUCAAAACUUUCACGUUGGCUUCCCCGUUUUAGCUGUCGCAAUAUAAGGCAAUUUUUUUCAGCGCCGUAAAGCGAUGUGCACCGCACUUUGACAAGUCCUUAUGCUGGUAUAAUGUGAGCGCCGGAUCCACCGGCUAUCGGGACUGUCCCUUUCAAUUUUGCACAUCAAUUCCUGGAUGUGAUCGGAUAGCCAGUAAGUUGAUUUGAAAUGAAUUUAUUUGAAAUCAAACCCGAAGAAAAUAUUUGCUAGCUUAGUGACAGAGUGUAAUUUUAAAAUAUCUGAAUAUAACGUGUAUUACAGGCGAAUACAAGGUGAGCCGAGUCUGUCAGCCGAGCGGAGUUUGGAACGAUUCGGUGUAUUCGCAAUGCAUCGAAGUCUUGGAGCGGCAUCGGAGAUGUGUGGCGGGCUAUUGUCAAACGGUAAGUGGCAAUUUUAAACUUUUUAUCCCAUCUCUAGAGUUCAUCUCAUAAAACGACAAAAAAUAAAAAUUCUAAAAACCCUGUCAUCAUUGAAGUGAAUUUAAAAAUUUUAAAAAAAUAUGUCGUCAUGACAGGUUUUCUGGUGUUUUUUCGCGACUUUUUGGCCCUAUAAAAAUCAUUUUUUAUGUCGUUUUCUUAAAUCUUCAAAAAUAUGUCAUCAUGACGGAUUUUUUAGAUUUUUUUAAAACAAAAAUUUUCCGACUUUUUUUCUCCCUGAAUCACAUUUUGCCCCCAUAUAUUUUCCCAUUUUCAGUGCCCCGAUCCCCUCCGGGAAACCGUAAUCAACGUGUCUCUAACCUUAUCAGUGAUCUCGGUGGCCUUACUCGUCGCAGCUUUGGUUCUUUUCUCAAUCUUUGACUCCAUUCAAUGCCGGCGCUUACAAAUACACAAGAAUCUCGCGUUGGCAUUCGUCUUUCGAUUCGCCGUUUUGGCGAUUUGGACAGUUCUAAAUUCGUCCAACGCCUUCCAUGACUGCAAUCAGUAUGUGCCGCAGCCCAUAAAAAGUUUGGUAAGUAAAUUUUGGACUUCCAAAAUUUUCAAAAAAAAGUGGAUUGAUAAGUUUUUUAGGACUUUUUUACCAAUAUUUUCCCCCUCUUUUUUUCAAUUUUUCAAAAAUUUCGUUUUUAGGAAUGGCUAUGCAAGAUGGUGAUAUGGCUGGUGAUCUACUUCCAAGUGGCGUCCGUCAUGUGGAUGUUGAUCGAGGGGAUCUAUUUGUACAGUCGAUUCACCGUUUUCGCGAUGCGAUACGGCGACGCGCCCUAUGCCGUAUUUUUGCUUACUGGAUGGGGUAAGUUCUGAAUUUGUAUGAUGGUUUGUAGGGGCGUUAAACAAAAUUGUAUGCCCAUAUAAAUCAAGAAAAAUCAAUUUUUUCCGCGCAAAGAUGGCAGUGACAAAACUUUUUUUUUCUGACUGUUCUCUUCAUUUUCUCUACUCUCAAGUCUGUAAAAUCUUUGAGUAAAAAUUUUUUGGCUGCCUCGAGAAACAGCGAGCUCAAAUUGGUCUUUUUUACGAUUAUUUCUAUUCCAAUUCUACAGCAAAAAAACUCAUUGAUUUUAUCAAAUUUCUCUUUCAGGUAUCCCCUUCGUCGUUGUGAUGAUAUGGACCUUUAUUCAUUCGAGUAUUACCUCAAAAAUACCUCAUUCGUAUUGCUGGCUCCCGUACGCGCAAGGCCGGCAUCUCUGGAUCUUGGGAGGCACAAUGGGCGCCGCCUUACUCCUCAAUCUCGUCGUAUUGCUCGCGAUUAUCGGGAUAUUGGUGCAGAAAUUGCGGACAGAGAGUGCGGCCGAAUCGAAGAAGAUUUGGCGGGCGGUGAAGGCCACAAUCUUGUUGGUUCCGCUGCUCGGAGUCUCGAAUAUCCCACUCUUUUAUGAGCCAAAUACGCCGGGCGCUAUUUACAUGCUGGGCUCCGCCAUUCUGCAGCAUUCACAGGUUAGUGCAAGGGUUUCUGUAAAGAAGUGGCUCAAUUUUCGAAUGGUAUUUUCGCAAAGGGCAAGGCUCGGAUUAUCGCCAAAUUUGGCAUAUUUUUUAUGAGCUCGAAUUCGAGAAUUUGAGUCUUCUCCGGCUUUCCAUGUUAUUUACGUUUGAUAAAGGGGUUUUCCAUCAAUCUUUAACCUUUUUUUAGAAUCAUCGCCUCAAUUACUAUUGUAUAUCAUCCAUUUUCAGGGAAUUUUCAUCGCCGUUCUCUACUGUUUUCUCAACGCCGAGAUCCAAGGAGCCAUCAAGCGACAGCUCGCUAAAAUGCCCUUCUCCUUCAACAAACUGUAAGCCCCUCUUUUCACAACUCAUUGUCAGAAACUCCAGGUUCACUCAGCGCGUUCGCUUCGAGACCGAACGAACGUAUGUUCCCACCAACGAAGCGAAUGGGCAACGGCUGCCGUUGGGCGAAAUGCGCAACGGAUCUGUUGGACAGGGGACUGUGACUUCGAAUGGGACCACUGGCACACAGAACUCUUCAUCAAUGCAGCCGUUGCUUUGUAACGAAGGGACUGAGAGACAAAUGCAAUGUGUGCUGAAGAAUGAGAUCGCAGAUGAUGAAAGUAAACCGCCAGGGCUGCGGGAAGAGACUCGACCGGUCCAAUUCUAA